GACUCACAUUCUUUCUUCUUCCUCACUUCAUCAUAAUCCUUGCUCCUUUUUUCUAAACAUGGAAGCUAAUUCAGCUUCUAAAUUGAUCUUGCUUUACUUAGUAGUACUCCUAUCUCUGAGUUUCAAGGUGACACAGUGCAAUGUCACCUAUGAUAGAAAGGCUCUUAUCAUCAAUGAGCAGAGGAGAAUUCUUUUUUCUGGCUCCAUACACUACCCCAGAAGCACCCCUGAGAUGUGGGAAGGUCUUAUACAGAUAGCAAAAGAUGGUGGCUUGGAUGCUAUUGAUACCUAUGUGUUCUGGAAUCUUCAUGAACCUUCUCCCGGCUAUUAUAUUUUUGAAGGGAGAUAUGAUUUGGUUCGGUUUAUUAAACUGGUGCAAAAAGCUGGCCUAUAUGUACAUCUUCGCAUUGGACCUUAUAUUUGUGGAGAGUGGAAUUUUGGGGGUUUUCCUGUUUGGUUGAAGUUUGUUCAUGGCAUUAGCUUCAGAACAGAUAAUAAGCCUUUUGAACAAGCAAUGCAAAGAUUCACCCUGAAGAUUGUCCAAAUGAUGAAGGAUGAAAAGCUGUUUGAGUCUCAAGGUGGUCCUAUCAUCCUCUCUCAGAUUGAGAAUGAGUAUGAGCCUGAAAGAAGGAGAUAUGGAGAUGCUGGCCUAGCAUACAUGAACUGGGCUGCAAACAUGGCUGUUGGAAUGGAUACCGGGGUCCCAUGGGUUAUGUGCAAGGAAGAAGAUGCCCCAGACCCUUUGAUAAACACUUGCAAUGGCUUUUAUUGUGAUUAUUUCUCUCCAAACAAACCUGAUAAACCCACACUAUGGACUGAGGCCUGGAGUGGCUGGUUUUCAGACUUUGGCGGUCCAAAUUACCAACGACCUGUUGAAGAUUUAGCAUUUGCAGUUGCCAGAUUCAUAAAAAAGGGUGGUUCUUUUGUCAAUUACUACAUGUACCAUGGAGGUACAAACUUUGGAAGAACUUCUGGAGGACCUUUCGUAACUACCAGCUAUGACUAUGAUGCUCCCAUUGAUGAAUAUGGUCUGGUAAGGCAACCUAAAUAUGACCAUUUGCUUCAACUCCAUAAGGCAAUCAAGCUAUCCGAAGGAGCUUUGCUUAAUGCUGAUCCAACUUUCAUAGUUUUGGGAAGUUACAAAGAGGCAGAUGUUUUUAGUUCCAACUCAGGAAGCUGCGCAGCAUUUCUCACAAACUUUGAUAGAAAUUCAUCAGCGAGGUUGAGAUUCAAUGACAACUACUAUGACCUCCCUCCUUGGUCCAUCAGCAUCCUUCCUGAUUGCAAAAAUGCUGUUUUCAACACAGCUCAAGUAGGGAAUAAACCCCCACAAGUUCAAAUGGUGCCCACAAAUGUUAAGUUUAACUCAUGGGAGACAUUCAAUGAAGAUGUCUUUUUGGUAGAUGAUGAAUCAAUGGUAACAGCCAUAGGUCUAUUAGAACAAUUAAAUAUCACCAGAGAUACCAGUGACUAUCUUUGGUACACAACCAGUGUUCAUAUAAGUCCAUCUGAAUCAUUCCUCCAAGGUGGUAAACUCCCCCUUCUCACCGUGCAGUCAGAGGGGCCUGGUAUGCAUGUCUUUGUCAACGGAGAGCCUGCAGGAUCAGCCUUUGGAACUCGGAAAAGCAGGAGGUGUACUUUCAGAGGGAAUAUCAACCUGCAUGCUGGAACAAAUACAAUUUCAAUUCUCAGUAUAUCAAUGGGAUUGCCGAAUAUUGGUACCCAUUUUGAGACAUGGAAAAUUGGUGUCCAAGGACCAGUUGUUCUACAAGGGCUAGAUGAGGGACGGAAGGACUUAUCCUGGCAAAAAUGGUCAUACAAGGUUGGCCUUAAAGGAGAAUCCAAGGCUCUAUUUCCUCUAAAUUCUGUCCCUUCAGUUGAUUGGGUCCUUAAUUCCGUGGAAGAUGAUCAGAAACAGAAGCCCUUAACAUGGUAUAAGGCCUAUUUUGAUGCUCCAGAAGGAGAUGAUCCCUUAGCUUUAGACAUGAGUAGCAUGUCGAAAGGUCUAGUGUGGAUCAAUGGACAGAACAUUGGAAGAUACUGGCUUACUCCUGCUGAUGGCACUUGCACAGAAUGCAGCUAUGCCGGUACAUAUCGACAGACAAAAUGCAAUUUUGGCUGUGGCCUUCCAACUCAACAAUGGUACCAUGUUCCUCGGUCCUGGUUGAAGCAAACACAGAACUCAAUUGUAGUUUUUGAGGAAAUUGGUGGGGAUGCAUCAAAGAUUUCUCUUGUGAAAAGAUUGGUAACAAACACAUAGGUAACUCUUUACCUGCUGCACAUAAGCAGCUUCUUCCUAUCACAGCGGCCUGGCACAUUUAUCCCUAAAAAGGAGGGAAAGAGAAAAGGCAAAGGAAAAGAAGGAUGCCAGUAUACCAUUCCACGGCAUGCAACACACUCAUUACCAAAGUUGAAUUUAACACCAAGAUAGCACAUUUCCCUUGUGUACCAGAUUGUACCUCUUUGUGGGGGCUGACUGAGAAUAUAAAUGGCAAGGAUAAUU